AUGGCGAAUGGUUGGAUAGGAUUUCAAUUUCCUCGACUCACCAAAGAUGCCUUCGACAAUUGGACACUAUGGAUGAAGGCUAUUCUCGGUUCGCAAGAUUGCUGGGAGGUUGUAGAGAAAGAUUAUGAAGAGCGAGAUGAUUCCACUUUGAAUGCUACUGAAAAGAAUGCCUUACAGAAGUUAAGAACGAAGGAUAAAAACGCUCUUACUCUCAUCCAUCAAGGCUUGGAUGAUUCAAUGUUUGAAAAAGUGGCUAGUGAAACCACCGCGAAAAAGACAUGGGAAGUCCUCCAAAAUUGUUUCAGAGGAGUUGAUAAAGUGAAGAAAAUACGACUUCAAACUCUUAGAGGAGAGUUUGAAGCCCUUCGCAUGAAGGAAUCUGAGUCCAUUUCAGAUUAUUUCACAAGAAUGUUGGUCAUUGUGAAUCAGAUGAAGCGAUAUGGUGAAAGCUUGCCAGAUGUUCGAGUGGUGGAGAAAAUUCUUCGCUCAUUGCAACCAAAGUUUCUGCCAGUUGUGGUUGUUGAAGAGUCAAAAGACUUAGACUCGAUGACUAUUGACCAACUCUUGGGAUCUUUACAAGCUCAUGAGGAAAGACUAAAGAUCAAUUGGAAUUAA